AUGGCCAGAAUCUUUGGAGGGAAUGAAGUUCAAGAAAAUACUCGAAGAGUUGUUGGUACUUAUGGUUAUAUGUCUCCAGAAUAUGCAAUGCAAGGACUCUUUUCAGAUAAAUCUGAUGUCUUUAGCUUUGGAGUAUUGCUUCUUGAGAUUAUUAGUGGAAGACGAAAUUCAAGCUUUUAUAACUGCGAGAAUUCUCUGACCCUUUUAGGAUUCCUGAGUCUCUUAAUUCUUAUCGAACUCAAUCUUGGAUGUUUUGCAGCUUCCUCAAAUGAUGGACAUUUGUUUUUCAAUAUAGACAGACCAACUAUGGCUGUUGUAAAUUCUAUGCUUAAUAGUGAGAUUGUAGAUCUUCCUCCUCCAAAGAAACCUGCAUUUGUCCUGAGGCAGAAUAUGCUGAGCACGGUGUCGUGUGAGGAAUGCGAUGAUGGGUUGUACUCUAUCAACUCAGUCAGUAUUUCAGACAUCCACGGUAGAUAG